AUGGGAACAUAUGAGGCGGAUAGUAAAAUUCAAGUAUCAAGAGUCAUCAAACUAUGGGUUUCGGAAGGAUUUCUAAAACCAAUAAGGGGCAAGAGUUUGGAAAGAGUUGCAAAAGAAUACUUGGAUGAACUAGUUGACAGAAAUCUAGUUCUUGUUCACGAGUUUGGUAAAACUGGAAACAUGAAGUACUUAAAAAUGCAUGAUUUGUUGAGAGACCUUUGCUUAAAAGAAGCUGAAAAGGAGAGGUUUUAUCAUGUAGUAGGGCAACAUAGUACUCAAGGCAUGUGUAGCCAACGCCGUGUAGUUAUUUUACAAAGCACUUCAAAGGAGAAAGUAGUUGACGUCAGGAAAUCUGUACCAUAUGCCCGUUCCUAUAAAAGUGAUCAUGGAAGAGUUCAACCGUUGCCUCAUUUAAAAUUAUUGAGGAUAUUGAAAGCAUCUCACUUUGUAGAAGACAAAUAUUCCCCUGCAAAAAUGUUAAAUUUGCGGCUUCUAGAUAUUCAUUAUCUUGUUUACCGCCAACUUUCUUCUUCAAUCAAUCUUCUCUGGAGUAUACAGACAUUCAUUGUUUCUCAUUGUGGAAAAGAGAACAAUGCACCAGUAGAAAUUUGGAACAUGUCUCAACUUAGGCAUGUUUAUAUCUCAGUUCUAGACGGAUAUCAUGGUAGAGGAGCAUUGCAUCUCCCAGAUCCUCCGAGUGACAGCAUUGUCAUCAUGGAGAAUUUACAAACCCUCAAAGGAGUUAGGAAUUUCAAGUGUGAUGAGACGAUGGUACGUAGAAUUCCAAAUAUCAGGAAGCUGGGACUAAUUGGGUCUCUUGAUGAUGUGGAUGCUUCCAUCCAUAACAUUCACUGUCUGCAAAAGCUUGAAUCUCUUAGCUGUGAGCACUUCAACUGGCGGUAUUUUUCGCGGAAUAUUACCUUUCCACACUCUCUUAAGAGUCUAACUCUUGGAACCUUAUGUGGUAGAAUGGAAGACGUAAUGGAAAAGGUAAGUACAUUGCCCCUUCUUCAAAAGCUCAAGUUGUCUUACGGAGAUUUCACAACAGGAAAAUGGGAAACAGUUGAUGGCCAAUUCCCCAGUCUCAAAUAUUUGUCACUUGCAUGGUGUUAUCGUUUGGAAUGCUGGAGGACGGAGAGUUCCUCCCACUUCCCUUGUCUCGAGCACCUUCAUCUUUCUUCUUUGGCAGAAUUGAAGGAGAUCCCUGCAGAACUUGGUGAGAUUCCGACACUAAAAUCUGUGGUGUUGUAUGAGUGCAGCGAAUCAGCGGUGAAGAGUGCAAAGAGAAUGGUAGAGGAACAAGAGGAAUUGCAAGGAGAAGAACAUCUAUCCUUUAAAGUUACAGUUAAACUCUGGAGAAGGAACGAAGAGCUUCAUAGCUUGGCAAAUCCGAAUUUUCAAGUUACUAGCUAG